AUGUUAACAUGGGAGCAACUGGGCGAGAUCGGAACCGCCGGCCAGCUAGUGGGUCUCGACGCCGUCCGCCUGAUCGGGAUGAUCGUCCAGGCUGCUAACACGGCCCGCAUGCACAAGACGAGCUGCCGGCAGUUCGCUCAGCACCUAAAUCUGAUCGGGAACCUACUGGAGCAACUCAAAAUCUCGGAGCUGAAGAAAUAUCCGGAGACGCGAGAACCACUGGAGCAGCUGGAAGACGCUCUCAGAAGGUCUUACGUGCUGGUGAACAGUUGCCAGGACCGGAGCUACCUGUACCUACUGGCCAUGGGACGGAAUAUCGUUGACCAAUUUAAGAAGGCCCAGACCGAGAUCGACCGGUAUCUGAAGCUCGUCCCCCUCAUCACUCUCGUUGACAAUUCCAGAGUCAAGGUGGGCAUUUUUCUUACAUUCUUUGUCCGGUGAUAGGAACCCAUCAGUGCAAACACCUUUUUGGCAUGUUCUUGCAUAGUUGAAGUAUAUUAAUGGUAAUAAGAAGCUAGAGAUGCAUAUGGCUGAUGAUAGCGCUAUCGGUCUAGAGAUCUUUUCGGUCUGAUGAUCUCUACCCCCAAAUGCUACGACUGUUGUUCUUUCUUUUCACAUAGAGUUUGUCUCCGAUUUCUGAUGCAUAUCAUACUUGUUACAGUCGUCCUUUUUCUUAAAUAUUUUCAUGUUUUCAUACUUCUUCAGGAAAGGCUUGAAUGCAUUGAAAGGGAUCAGUGUGAGUACACUUUGGACGAAGAGGACAGAAAGGUUCAAGAUGUCAUACUGAACCGUGAUCCUUCUGAUGAGGGUGCGAUGGUGCUCAAGAGGUCCCUCUCUUUCUCGUACCCAAACUUGCCAUUUGAUAAGGCCCUGAAGGCAGAGAAUGAGAAGCUUAGUUUAGAACUACAAAGAUCACAGGAUAUCAGUCACCGUGACGUCCUUCAGCAUUUGCUUGUAGUGAUUCAAUACUUGGCAAAUUCUCUAAAGGACAAGGAUUCUCGGCUCGAGAACGCGAAUAACGUGGAGGAAUCCCGUUCAAAGGCUCAGAGCAUCAAGGAAAAUGAUUCUCGCCGGUGGUACAUUCUCUUCUUAAAGAUGUUUGCUUGAGUCCUCUUCGGGCCACAUGUGAAGCGAUAAAUAACACAUAGCACAAGAGUUUAUCAUUUCCGUCGCUUUAUUCCUGAUAGCUACCAGACCUUGUGCACCCUGACAAUGGUGUUUACUCUGACAAGCUCUUUCGGGGUGCACCCUGUUGCCAUCUCAAUCUCAGCAGGUGUGGUUCCUCAGUAUCAUCAGGCCAUGACUCGAUCUCAGCUGUCUCACACCGACGCGAAGGAUGGCGUUUUGGCCUGCUCGAUUGUUUCGCAGAACCUUUUUUGUGUAAGUCAACUAAAAAUCUCAGCUGCCAUGAUUCGGUUCUUGUUCAUAGUAUAUUUGUCCAUCGCAUUAUCUCGUAUGAUUUAGUUUCCAUAGAAUCCACUUGACAUCUCGCAGGCAUGAAGACGUUCCUGUGUCCCUGCGGAACUUUCUCUAAGAUAGCGUCUGUUGCCAGAAAUAGGCAAAUAUGUGUGUGUCUAAUCCGAUCGCAGGCAUUAUUAAGGUAAAGUUUGCUGGUUUUACUGAUUACUGACCUGCUCGAUCGUUCAUCAGCUCCAGGGAAGGCCUGUAGUCUUCUGAUGGCAUAUUCAUUGAUUCUAUCUUGCUGCUGUUACACCUGCUGCGUGAGGAGGAAGCUUCGCAAGAUGCUGAACAUCACGGUAAUCAUACUCUCACCCCUUUUGUGGAAACCGAGUUAGUGACGGUACAUCUCUGUAAUUACCUUGUGAUUAGCUCUCAAAGUCAACAUACUCUGAGAAUUUUCUCCCGUGUCGGUGGCAGGGUGGACUUUGCGAUGACUUCUUGUCCCACUUGAUCUGUUGCUACUGCGCGCUAGUCCAAGAAUGGCGAGAGGUGGAGGCCCGUGGAAUCCAUGGGAAGACCAAGACUAGCCCGCCAUCCCUCCAGCGCAUGGAAUCGUAG